ACCUGGCUGUGCAUUAUGAAGGAGAACGGGUCCUUGUGUCAAGUGGAGCAGCUUCCCCACGGGUGCCUGCUAGAGCCCGGCCUUAAUGGGUGCCACUCCCAGAGUUAUAAGCGCAGCGGCCGAAUGUCCGGCAAUGCAGGAGUCCGAAACCGAGCCUACGGUGCCGUUAAAGCUCUGUACAGUAGUCCUGACUGCAGCCCUUCCGUCAGGCUGGAGAGCACGGAGCAAAUCUUGAAGAGCGGAGGAGGCGAGAAGGUGCUGGUGACUGGAGGUGCUGGAUUCUUUGGCUUCAGACUUGGCAAGGCUCUGGCCAGGGAGGGCAUCAGUGUAAUCCUGCUGGAUCUGCACCAGCCACGAUGGGAGCUUCCUGAUGGAGCAGUGUUCCUGCAGGGAGACGUGCGUGACUAUGACACCCUUUAUAAGGUGUGUGCCGGAGUGGACUGUAUAUUUCACACUGCGUCCUAUGGCAUGUCAGGACCAGAGCAGCUCAGGAAAGAGCAGGUGGAGUCCGUCAACGUUGGUGGCACCAACAACGUCAUCAAUGUGUGUUGUGAGCGUGGUGUUUCCAGACUGGUGUACACCAGCACGGUGAAUGUGGUGUUUGCUGGGAAGCCCAUCGAGGACGGGGACGAGGACUCUGUACCAUGCGUGCCUCUGGAUAAGCACAUAGACCAUUACUCCAGAACCAAAGCCAUGGCCGAAUGCCUGGUCCUCAAAGCUAACAGAAGGCCGUUACAAGGUGGUGGUCUGCUUCAGACGUGUGUGUUACGUCCCUCUGGUAUCUAUGGUCCGGAGGAGAGGAGACACCUACAUCGUGUGAUGGUGAAUGUGGAGCGCAGGUUGUUCAGUUUCACGUUUGGUGAUCCUAGGGCGAGGAUGAACUGGGUGCAUGUGGAUAAUCUGGUCAUGGCUCAUGUCCUGGCAGCUGAAGGUCUGACGUCGGCGAGAGGCUGCGUGGCAAAUGGACAGGCCUACUUCAUCAACGAUGGGGAGUCUGUUAACGUCUUCGACUGGAUGACGCCACUGUUCGAGAGACUGGGCUACACUCGUCCUCUGAUCCGUCUCCCGGUUUCACUCGUCUACUCAGCAGCUUUCUUGAUGGAGCAUUUACACCUGGCCCUGAGACCUGUGAUGGAGACUCCUCUGCUCCUGACCAGAAACGAGGUGAGAAACAUUGCUGUGAGCCACACCUUCAGGAUCGAGAAGGCACGUCAGGAGCUGGGAUUCUCCCCGAAGAAGUACACCCUCGGCGACUCUGUGGACCAGUACCUCCAGAGCCGACCUAUCCCAUCCGCUUCCUCUGUCCGGGAGUCCUGGUCCGUCCUCUUUGUCCUGAUGAUGAUGGUGAUAAUGAUGGUGCUGAUGGGACUGGUGGUGCUACUGCUUUGCCCAUGCUGGCACCAGCAUUAGCGUUAACAUGGUAGCCCCUGAUUCCUCCUUGAGACCCUGCGCUCUGAUCUCAGCUGCAGGGCAGCAGGAACAGCGACACUUGAAACUAGUCUGUAAAUAUAUUAGUCACAUGCUUUUGUGCUUUAUUGAGUUGAUUGAUUUCGAGUAUCAUUUGUUUAAGCGCUGUGUCUAUCCCAACAGACCGAUAUUUCAGACGAUCUGUUUCCGAUAACAGCAUGUCCUGACGUGUUUAAUUCCUUCUUGUAUAUUCAUACAUUUUUCUCCAUUUAACGUUGUGGAUGUCUGUGAAUCGAUGCCAGCUUCAGACAUUCCUUUGCUCAUCAGCCUCGCUUUCUCUCUCUCGUAGUUAUUAAGCUAAAAAAAAAAAUCGCAGCUUAUCCUGUUAAUGAGAAACCGCAACGAAGCGUGUAACCUCCUCUGUCCUGAAGAUCUGAAGUCGUACAGUAAAAGUUACAGCCUCUUUACCGCUGACUAUUACUGUGUGUUACCGUGUCACCGUUACUAUAGUAACGAUAACGUAUUACAGUGGAAUUUAAUCAUCUAAUCAAUCAGAUUGUCUGCCUGAUGGAGAAAGAGGACGAUUCUCAACUAGAAACGAUGAUUCUUCUCCAUCAAGCAAUGAAGAGGUGUGUGUGUGUGUGUGUGUGUGAUCAUGUACUUCUUAAACUAUCCAUUCAAACAUUUUCUGACUUUAUAGCAUCCAUCGUUUCCAUGAACCUGAAGUUUCUCGUGAUUAGACCGAUCACAUUCAUGUUUAAGUUGCUCGUGUUUUUAUCGCAAUGUUAAAACAUUGAUAUUUAAAGUGCCCCCAGUUUUGCAGUAGACAGGUUCAGUGUUCGGAUCUCCACUACAUUUUAAAACAUUUUACACAUAAACACGUGCUCUUUUCUAAAAGAAGCUGUUGCCAUUUUGAACAAUUCGAUUCGAAGAUCUUCUGGGUUUGAGUGAUUUUGUGUUCAUUUCUACAAAAAAAAUCCAUGC